CCGCGGGCAGCAUGCGGAGCGCCGUUGCUGCCGGAAUUACAUGCUUGGAAGUACUGGGUAGUGUUGAUGACCGGCACCUCAGCACAAUAACUCCAGCUUAAUCCUUUUCAAACACUUCUCUCAGAACAUGGGGGAAAAUGAUGAUGAAAAAUGCAAUCAAGCUGGCCAGAUAUUUGAAAACUUUGUACAAGCAUCAACAUGCAAAGGUACCAUUCAGGCCUUCAAUAUCCUCACUCGCCACCUUGAAUUGGAUCCUUUGGACAACAGAAACUUUUACACCAAACUGAAGUCAAGAGUGACCACGUGGAAGGCCAAAGCUUUGUGGAACAAGCUUGAUAAAAGAGCAAGUCACAAAGAAUAUAAACGUGGGAAGUCUUGUAUGAACACUAAGUGUUUAAUUAUUGGAGGUGGCCCAUGUGGCUUGCGGACUGCCAUAGAGCUUGCAUUCCUGGGAGCCAAAGUCGUCGUGGUGGAGAAGAGGGACACUUUCUCAAGAAACAAUGUGUUGCAUCUCUGGCCAUUUACAAUCCAUGACCUCCGGGGACUGGGAGCAAAGAAAUUCUAUGGAAAAUUCUGUGCAGGGUCCAUUGAUCACAUCAGUAUUCGACAACUUCAGCUUAUCCUCUUCAAAGUUGCACUUAUACUAGGAGUUGAGAUCCAUGUGAACCUAGAAUUUGUGAAACUGCUGGAACCUCCAGAAGAUCAGGAAAACCAAAAGAUUGGUUGGAGAGCUGAAUUUCUCCCCAUGGAUCACCCUUUGUCAGAGUAUGAAUUCGAUGUUAUUAUUGGUGCAGAUGGCCGCAGGAACACCUUAGAAGGUUUCAGGAGGAAGGAGUUUCGUGGAAAGCUGGCUAUAGCUAUCACUGCCAAUUUCAUAAACAGAAAUACAACUGCAGAAGCCAAGGUAGAAGAAAUUAGUGGUGUUGCUUUCAUCUUCAAUCAGAAGUUCUUCCAGGACCUAAAAGAGGAAACGGGCAUUGACCUGGAGAAUAUUGUUUACUACAAGGACAGCACUCAUUAUUUUGUGAUGACAGCAAAAAAGCAGAGUCUUCUGGACAAAGGAGUAAUUAUUAAUGACUAUAUUGAUACUGAAUUUCUCCUCUGUGGGGAAAAUGUGAACCAGAAUAAUUUGCUGUCCUAUGCCAGAGAAGCUGCUGACUUUGCAACCAAUUACCAGCUGCCUUCCUUGGAUUAUGCAAUUAAUCACUACGGGCAACCAGAUGUAGCAAUGUUUGAUUUUACUUCCAUGUAUGCAUCUGAAAAUGCUGCACUAGUGAGAGAGAGGCACAGGCAUCAGCUCCUGGUGGCACUUGUUGGAGAUAGUUUGCUUGAGCCCUUCUGGCCAAUGGGUACUGGCUGUGCAAGAGGCUUUUUAGCUGCCUUUGAUACUGCUUGGAUGGUGCGGAGCUGGGCUCAAGGAAAACCCCCGUUAGAAAUCCUGGCUGAACGGGAGAGCAUUUAUCGACUCUUGCCUCAGACUACCCCUGAAAAUAUUAACAAGAACUUUGACCAGUAUACCAUUGACCCAGGAACAAGAUACCCGAACUUGAAUUCAAGCUGCGUUCGACCUCACCAGGUGAGACAGUUAUAUGUUACCAGUGAGUUACAACAAUGUCCACUUGAAAGAGUAAGCUCCAUUAGAAGAUCAGUGAAUCUCUCAAGACAGGAGUCGGAUAUUCGACCUAACAAGCUCUUGACCUGGUGUCAGAAACAGACAGAAGGGUACCGGAAUGUUAAUGUCACAGACCUGACUACCUCCUGGAAAAGUGGCCUUGCUUUGUGUGCAAUUAUCCAUCGCUUCAGACCUGACCUCAUUGACUUUGAUGCUCUGAAUGAAGAGGAUGUUGUCAAAAACAAUCAGCUGGCAUUCGAUGUUGCUGAGCGGGAAUUUGGGAUCCCCCCUGUGACCACAGGGAAGGAGGUGGGGUCGGCCAGGGAGCCUGACAAGCUCAGCAUGGUCAUGUACCUCUCCAAGUUUUAUGAACUGUUCAGGGGCACACCUCUGCAGGCAGUAGAUGCAGAUGACAAGCAAAACGGAGAAAAUAAUGAUUUUUAUUCAGCAAAAUCAUCAAACUUCAUCUUUAAUAAUUAUAUCAAUUUAACUUUCCCAAGAAAACGAGUACCAAAGGGUGAAGGGAAAACAGAAGAAAAGGAAACUAACAAAAGACGUCGAAAAGGUCUUUUUGGUGUCUUCGAGGAGGCUUCAGGCUUUUCAAGCCAAGGGACAAAUGCUGGGAAAGAACAGAGUGACAGCAGAGAAGGAACAAACCAGAAUAAAGUUAAAUCAAUGGCAACACAGCUGCUGGCAAAGUUUGAAGGGAAUGCUUCAAAUACAACUUUGCGAAGGCAGGAGCUAGAUAGACCAGCCCUGCUCUCUUCUGACUCUUCUGCUAAUCCUCGCUUUGCUAAACCUAUGGAUCCAAGCCUUCUCCCUCCUCAACCGAAAAGGCAGUUUCAGGUGGUAGCUAGGAGUGAACACGAGGUCAGGGAACCCAAACAGUCUUUAAAUGGUUGUGAUCAUAUGGCCAGGAGAGCAAGGACUGUACAAAGCCCAGAUACCCAGGCCAGUCUGUCAGAAACCUGUGAAAAUCUCGCGUCUGCCUGUUCUGCUGCCUUUGUACUUUCUGGAGUGCUUGAGCGUCUUCAGCACCUGGAGGAAAAAAUAAAACAGAAAAGAGCCCAGACCAUGGCAAAUAGGGAAUUCCAUAAAAAAAACAUUAAAGAGAAAGCAGCACAUCUUGCCUCAAUGUUUGGAUACGUGGAGUUUCCAAAGAAUAAGCUACCUACUAAAGGCUUACCUCAUUCUCAGCUCCCAGCUCCCUCUUGCACUAUACCUCAUGAUUCAGCUGCUGCCUCUUCUCCAUCAUCUGUCAGUUCAGCUUCUCCUGCUGUUCCUUCUAGACAGAUGACUGUAGGAAAGGUCUCACAUGCAAUUGGAGCUGUGGCUGAAGUUCUUGUCAAUCUGUAUGUGAAUGAUCACAGACCCAAGCCACAGCUUCCUCCCCUCGAACUGGGAUCUCUGCGAAAAGAGUUCCCUCAGUCUAUUGGGGGCAGUGACAUUUGCUACUUCUGCAAAAAACGGGUGUACGUGAUGGAGCGGCUGAGUGCAGAGGGCCACUUCUUUCACAGGGAGUGCUUCAGGUGUGACGUCUGCUCCACAACGCUCCGCUUAGGGAUUUACGCCUUUGAUGUUGAAGAAGGUAAAUUUUACUGUAAACCUCAUUUUACACACUGCAAAAUCAGUACUAAACACAGAAAGAGAAGGGCAAUGACACAGAUCCAAGGAAAGGAGGCAACAGAAGCAUGGAAAAAAGAAGAACCCAAACCCACGGAGACCAUCACAGAAAACACUUUGUCUGCAGCUAGCAGUCCAGAGGACAGGUCCCCAGACCAUCGCCUGCCCACAGCUGAUGAGCCCACGUCCCCAAAGAAGGUGAAGAGCGUCCCCAAGUGCCAUGACCUGGAGAGCUGGUUCUCACCCCCUUCCCCCGAGUGGGCCACUGUGAGGAUCAUUCCUGAGGAGGAGAUGACCGAACACAACCUUCUUGCUGUCCGAGUCAUGGUCACCAGUGAUGCAAGCAGCUCUGAGCUGGAGUCUGAUUUUAAUGGUGACUCGAACUCUGAAAUGAGUGAAGGAUGGACCUCACUGCCUGAAUCCACUGCCAGCCUGAGCCCUUACCAGAGGUGGGCAUCACUCACCAGGAGCCCUGCGGUGCCAGAGGAAAGCCCUAGAACAUCCAAAGUUGCUGAUGCACUACAGAGGGCAAACAGUUUUCAUUCCACUGCAUACACUAAGUAUCAGAAUUUGAGGAGAAAACUCCAAACAAGUUUCCCCUUACUGUCCAGCAAGAAACAUGGGCUACUCUGGAAGGACAGCUCAACUAGCUGUCAAAGCGGUCCUGGAGAGGAUCACCCUCAAACACAGUUGGCUUCUCACAAGAAACCACUAGAAGUUACAAGAGAUCCUUUCAAACCCUGCAGCCCAGUAUUUCAAAGAAAAGAAAAAUCCAGAGAGAUGUCUGAAGAAAUCCAUCUCUAUGUGCCCUAUUGUCCUUUUCAAAGCAGCACCAGAGGUUUUCCACAGACUUCUCCUGGGAAUGGGACACUGGCUGCUGAUUUUUCAGAGCCUGAAGAAGCAAAUAUUGACAUUGGGACAUACACAACAAAGGACUGGAAGUUAAAAACCCAGAAAUAUACCUCUGCAGCAGAAGAUUUUAAUGGGAAGAAAAAAAUGUUGUCAUCUCUAGAUUUGAAAGGGAAAGAUGGCAAAAAUACAAGGCACCCAGAAGAAAAGCUUGAGCAAGAAUUAAAGGAGACAGAAGAGAAGCUGGUGCUUUGUACUCAGCAGCAACUCUUGUGUGAUUCAAACAGGAUGGACUCAGGACAAAACAAAGAAGCACUGCGGAAUUCAGAGAAGGGUGCUGAUGGGAGAAAAGAUGGGUUCAAAGUCUCUUGUCCUGUGCCUCUCUUUGUAGAUGGUGCUCCACUAGCUUUGUCAGUUGACCCCAAAGAUGCUCUGAGGGGUCCAGAUGCAGUUGCCAGGGAGCAUGUAGCUGGCUGUCCAAAAUCACCACUAAGGCUCAUAGCCAGUGCCAUCAAAAGGUCCAUUUUGGAACCUCUAACCUCAUCUCCACAAGGACUAAAACAGGACUCAGAGACCGAAAUUGAAGCCUCUGCAGAACAAGUUUUCUUCAGCUUCCCCAGUGCUCCUGGCUAUUCCUUAAAUCAAAGGAGCACUCACAGGAAUAGAACAAAUAACACUCAGCCACAGGAGCUUAAAUCAGGGGAGUGUGCAGGGGGACAUUUAGGAAAUGGGAGCCCUUUCUCAAAUCCAUCUAAUUUUUCUGUUGGCUCUGAAGAGAGAUCUCCAAGGCGUUGUAGCAAGAAGGUAUCCUUCCCUGUCUACAGUCCUCACACCAGGCCUUUCAAGACAACCAGUAUACCUCAGAAAUCAUCUUGCACUAGGAUGGAAGAUGUCCCAGGUCUCCUAGAAAAGUUUACAUUCCAAGAGACUCCUCCAGGAGCUCCCGAGACUGACAGGUUUAUCUGUAAUGACAAGUACCUCCUUCUUUCAUCUCCGGAGCACAACACCACCUCCAAGGACAGCCUGGAUGACUCUACACAGCAGGGUAGUCUUGGGUCACUUCUCAAUAGACUGAGAAGUAAAGUUUGUGACAAAGAAGGGAAUUCCUUAGUGUCAUCUCUGCCUUUCUUGAAGGACCGUUCUCCAGAAGACAGGCUGUGCUAUCCUUCCACAGGAUGUAAACACCUACCUGCCAGAAAACAACCUACUGAGUAUUCUACUUCUUCCUCUGACGAUGAAUUUGAAUCCAAGCCUUCACUAACACACAAGGCAAAAAGAGCUCUCAGAAGGAGAAGGAAGAUGGAAAAAGAGACAAAGCAACUGAUCAAACAAGAGGAGCUAAAGAGACUUCACAAAGCACAGGCAGUCCAGCGUCAGCUAGAAGAACUGGAGGAAAGACAAAGAGCUCUAGAGACUUUUGGUGUCAAACUGGAGAGAGAACUAAGAGGAGAAUCAGACAGUCUUAAAGGCAAGAUGGACCUGAAGGAAGAGGAUGGACUUUUUACUGAGACGAUUAAAGUUGUUGAAGAGGGAGACAAACUGGUGUCUAUCUUAGAGGAGCAGCAGGUGAAAGAAAAAGCAGAAGACCAGCAAUUUGAAAACAUUUUAUUAUCUAGAACCUACCAGCUGGGCAGGAUUCAAACACACAUAUGCAAACAGACAUGACUUCAGCAGUAUUUGUGAUCGUGGAGAAACAGUCUUCUGAAAAAUGAAGGAAUUCAAGUGUAGUAUGAAUGUAUUUGGGGAAUGUUUUGUUAUCAAAAGCUCUUAAGCGGUUCUGCUCAAACUGAAGUCAUUUCACUGUCAGCUUAAAGGGUCAUUGAAAUACAGACUGGGACUGAAUUUACCUGCCUGAUUGACACCAGGGUCUAUGAAAGGGAAGUCAGAGCUCUGUUAUUUUCUGGGAAUUUUAUUUUCAUGCUGGGAAUAGAAUUCCUGAGAAACAUGAUGACAUCACUUAGUAUUUUUGACAUGGCAUAGCUUCCCUUUGUCUGAAUCUGUAUGUGGUUUCGUUAAUAUUUUGGCACAGCCAUGCCACAUUGAAUGAUUUAAAGGUCAGAAGAUGAGCAUCUCAUAUAAGAAUAGGGUUAUUUUUUAUUUCUGGUGGAGGAAGGGCCAUUUAAACUACGUAUAAGCACUCACUAAAACUACUGUAAAUGCAAUGUCAGAAAUUAAUUGUCUAGGUAUUUCUAAUUCUUAGUGCACUGUGUAUUUUUAACAGGAUGUUAAAGCAGUAAUAAAUCCCUACAUUCUAUAAAAUGGAAAGGUAUUAUCAACGGGGUGGCUACCCUUAGGACUGUUAAAUACUCAAAGCUUUAGUGUGUCACAGAUGAAGGUCUUCUCUAAAAUAUGCUAUGUGAUAACUUGAAAAUUGUCACCUAGACUAACUGCACCACAAUUACUUGUUAAGAUAUAUCACAGAUAGCAUCACAGGAUGUGGUGAGUAGUGCAGAAGUUAAAGGUUGCCCUGUGAAUAAUUCCUCAAACAGGCUGCAAAAAGUCACAUUUGUAACUUCAACAUUUGAUAGAAAAUGGGUAUAUUUAAACUACAUUUAUCUUGCUGUUCAAGAAUAUAUAUGCAGAAAGAACUAUCUUUGUUGGGUUUGUACAUGGAUUUGUAGAUCCUGGUGAACUAGAUGUGCUGAAAUUCUCCUUAGUGAUCAGAGUAAUUUAGGCACUUUCUUAAAUCUGAGAUAAUUCCACAAUUUACAAUUGGUAGUAUUCCCAGAUGUAUGUAUGAUGCAUUACAUUUUUGCACUGAAAAAUGACCAACCAAGAAGAAAUGGAAAGACUGUUUCUUCUUGAAUAUCUUUUUACCUCAUGCUCUGAGAAGAUUUGAUGUUCUCAUGUCAUGAAUGGUGCUAAUAUGCAGCAGUUGCCUAUGGUGCAGCCAAAGCUAGAAACAUUCCUCUUCCAAAAGCUUUAAACUAAAAAAACUUCUGGUAGGUACUUGUAGGGUAACAGACACACUGGAUUUUGUCACAGUAUUUUAUGAAUGGUAUUAAGUUCUUGGUGUAUUGUAACAAAUUUUAAAAUACCUUUUCUAAAGAUAAAAGCAAGAUUUUACCAUUGACCACAGACAAAUAAUAUACCUCUAUUGGUGCAAUAUUUAUAUAUUUAUAUUUAUUUAUUACUUAAAGGGGGUAGAAGAGUCAGGUUACAUUUUACAUGGUGGUUGUCUCUGGCUUUGAUUGAUAAGUUGUGUAUUUCUAACAGUUAUGUAUAAGUGAAGCUGUGCACAGUAGAUAGCUUUAUCAAUUUUUAAAAUAAUUAGUCAUAUAAACUAAGAAUUUUAAGCAAUGUUCUUUAAGGGAUACCUUUAAAACAGCAUGUAGGACUUUAACAAUAUCAUGUGCCCUUCACCACAGUGGAAAGAUGUAGCAGAAUCCUUGCAUGUGUUCCAGAAUUGCCACCAGACAUUGUGUUUCCUGUCAUUGACAGGCUUAAGCAAUCCUGAUCUUCAGAUCUCAUUUUUACUGAGAUGGACAGCAGCCAUUGAUUUUUAAACUAACUCUAUUACUAAAGACUGACACAGAAGAGGAGCAGGCAGGUCAGCAAUAAAUAUUUUAAUUUUCUUUAUUGGUAUUUCCCAUUUUGUGGAUAAAAUUUCUGGAUUUUUUUUAGUGUUUCCGCAGGUCAAGACUGUCUAGAACACCUGUCAGAGUUUUCUGUAGAAAAUGAAGAGUCAUAAUGCUUUCAAGGGAUUUUUUUAAACUGAUAGCAAACUUCUUAGUGCUUACAUUGGAGAAGAAUCUGGCAGAAAGCUCCAGUUGUGUCAGUCAAAGAUUGGGUUUUUCACAUCACAUUCACAAUCCAAAAGGUCCAUUCACCUUAAUGUUGCUGCUGUACAAAGAGGAAGAGGAAGGGCAGCCUCAGAGAAACAUGAGGUCUCUAGUACUGAGAAGGAGAUUGCUAUCCUCUACCAAAGUCCAGCCUGCUUGCCCAGAGGAGAUGCACAGACUGCAAUUGGUCAUGUUUGGGUUGCUGUGAAUUGUAUUUAAGACCUGAGAGUUCAGUUUACAGCAGAUAACCUGUUCAGCUGUGAUACCAAAUAUGACAGGGUGCUUUCCUUUUAGUCCCAAAGAUUCCAGUUAUUGAGAGUAUUACAGUCAAAAGAAGCUGAGGACCAUCAGGAUUUAAUGGACUUCAUGAAAAACCCAAUCCACACAACUGUUAGGCUGCUAGGCUGCUGUUACCCUGCUUGAUAUUAAGUACCCCACAAGACUAGACUAACAAAUUAACUAUUGAAGGGAUUCAGGAAAAUAAUAACUUCAAGUCAUUUAAAGCUGGUCUUCAUAUACUGUAGAGAAAGAGGAGAAGAAGAAAAAUGCAAAGAAGCUAUGUGCACUAUUCACAGGUCAAUUUAAUAUGGUCAGCUUGUAUUAGGAACGUAUUCAAACACUGGUUUGGUUAUGUGUCUUCUUGCUGCUCAAUCUUUUCUGUAAACUGACUCUCUAACUUAAAAUAGAUUUGUUCAUUUUAAAGUCCUUGGCACUGCCAUUGUUGAGUGCUGGAUGUGCUGGAACAUAUUGACUAUAUCUGAGUGGCCUAGAUGUGCCAGCAGUUUUCCAUCAGAGAAAAUAAAAUUCUAUCUUGCUCUCUGAA